GAGCGGCGGGGGGCGCGCGGCGGCCGUGGCCGGGGCGAGUCCCGGCGCGUGACGGUGACGCGGGGCCGCGCGGGGCAGUGCUCCCGGUACCGGCUCCUGGCCCCGUCCCCUCCCCCCGGGGCUGGCCGCGUCUCCCCCGCCCCAGCUGCGCGUUUCCCCCGGUGCGGGGAGUUGCUCCCGGCGCUGUCCCGGCUGCCGGCCGCGUCCCCCGCCCCGCCUCGGUAAGCGCGGGCCCGAUCCCGGUUCUCUUCCUCGUCUAGGUUGCUCCGCCGCCAUGGCCUCCAGCGGGGAGGAACCGAGGAGCCGCUCCCCGGGCCGGGCCGGCACCGGUACCGAACCGUCUCCGACAGCCGACUCCGCUCAGCUGGACACGGCGGAGGAUUUCGAAGUCCUGGAAGAGGAGGAGGAGGACGGGGAGGAGGAGGAGGAGGACUUGAGCGAGCUGCCCCCGCUAGAGGACGUGGGCAGGCCGCCGGCCCCGCCGCGGGAGGACACCCGGCCCUCGGAGCAGGGCGCGGGGGCAGCGGCUGAGGACCCCCAGGAGUGGGUGGACGUUCUGGGAAGCGGCUUGCUCAAGAAGAAGACGCUGGUGCCGGGCCAGGGGGUGGACACCCGUCCCCGCAAGGGUCAGGAUGUGACCAUCCGCCUGAAGGCCACGCUGGAAGAUGGCAGCGUGGUGGAGGAGAACCCUGCUCUCACCUUCACGCUGGGGGACUGCGAUGUCUUGCAGGCUCUGGACCUGUGUGUGCAGCUCCUGGAAAUGGGGGAGACGGCUUUGAUCGUGUCGGAUGCAAAGUACUGCUAUGGCGUUCAGGGCAGGAGCCCUGAUGUACCCCCCAACGCCGCCCUCACCCUGGAGGUGGAGCUGCUGGCAGCUCGGGAUGCACCAGACCUGGAGCUGCUGAGUGGGAAGGAGAAGAUCAAGCUGGCCAACCACAAGCGGGAACGUGGCAACUUCUUCUACCAGCAGGCAGAUUACGUGUUGGCCAUCAACUCCUAUGACAUAGCCCUCAAGAUCAUUGGCUCCAGUUCAAAAGUUGACUUCAGCCCAGAUGAGGAAGCUGAGCUGCUAGAUGUGAAGGUGAAAUGUCUCAACAACCUGGCAGCUUCUCAGCUUAAAUUGGACCAUUACGAGGCAGCGCUCAAGUCCUGUAACCUGGUCCUGGAGCACCAGCCAGGGAACAUCAAGGCUCUGUUCCGAAAGGGCAAGGUCCUGGCACAGCAGGGUGAAUACAGAGAGGCCAUCCCUAUCUUAAAGGCAGCAUUGAAACUGGAGCCUUCAAAUAAGACCAUCCACGCUGAGCUCUCCAAGCUGGUGAAGAAGCACGCGGACCAGAAGAACGUGGAGACAGAGAUGUACAGGAAGAUGCUCGGGAAUCCCAGCGCCACCAGUGCCCCGGGGAAGUGCAAAGACAAGCUGCCCUGGUCCAUCCCCUGGAAGUGGCUCUUCGGCGCAACAGCCAUCGCGCUGGGCGGCGUGGCCUUGUCCGUGGUCAUCGCGGCGAGGAACUAAGGCUGGCGGCAGGGCAGCCCUGCGGCACGGCACCGGCGCCGGGAUGUGCCUCUCUCCUGCCACGGGCCUCCCCCGUGGCUCUGCCGACCCCUUCCCAUGGACUCUCAGAAACACGGAUGCUUUCUUUGCUGGAGGCGCCGGACUCCCCCUCCCGAUGUCCCCCCGCAUCCCUCCCGGCGCAGGCGGGACAUGGCUGCGGGGAUGGAGCUGCGGGCAGAGCACAGACCCCCACGCAGCCUCCCAGCUACGGGGGGCUCAGCUCCAAGCGUGUUGGGGGCAGCGGGAGCUGCUGUGCACUGGUACUGGCGUGGCUGUCCCCAGCCCAGCCAGCCCCCUGGGUGCUGUGGUUCUGCCAACAUGAUGGGAUGGGCAAGGGGGGCACAGGGAAGCAAGCCAUGGGGGUGGGAACGGGCACAGUCGUUUCUGCAGCUAGCCCAGCUUUGUGAAGGGAGGUGGUGCCAAGGUGCCUGGGGGGGCUGCCGGUGGCUCAGUCCUCACACAGGUACCUGCUCCCCUCCUCGGUACUUCCCCAGAGCGUGCAAUGUCCAAAGGAAGCCAAAGAAACCUGCAGCGGGAGGGAUGUGUGGUGGGGAGCAACGUAGCCCCCACCCUCUCCAGGCUGUCUCUUGUAGGUCCAUGCUCGCGGGGGUCCCUUUUUGCCCUGCAGCUCUCUCCAGCCUGGGGCUGCCGCUGCCCCACUCUCAGCUCUGCUCACAGGGGGGUUGUAGCACUAUUCCCCCACCCCUCCCCCAAACCGACUGUGAACUGCCCAAAUAAAGGACGAUUCCUUCACA